CCCUGCGCCGCCUGCGGGCACCUGUUCCCAGCCGCCGCCGACAGGUGACGAAGUGGUAAAAACUCACGGUUACUAGUGAGCGACACAGACACAGACUUUCCAGUCUAUUAACAACCACGCCAGAGAGAUGGGGCUCUAACUGCAAAGACUGGGCAACGGCCCCGCGCUGCCGGCGCUGCCGCUCUAGUCUGUAUUCGCCGCCGGAGGCUGAGGCGUGGGAGCCGGCGGGCGGCGGGCGGCGACGCGGGGAUUUGGACAGUGGCCGUAACGGUGAUUUCUCCUCACCAACAUGGCGGCACCCGAAACAGGCGGCACAGAAAAUGGCGCCGGCCGCAACACCUCAACGGGGACUAAAGGGCAAGUGAGAUUCCUCCGCGAACCGCGGCCCUCUCCCGGCCUGCCGGGGCUGAGCGCAUUGGCCAUUGGAGGAAACUGCCCGUCAAUCACCUCCAUGGGCGGGCUUUUAAGACGCUCGCUGCCGCAGCGGAGGCAGCCAUCUGAUGGCCUGGAGGCCGGGGGUGCGGGCCGGUGGCGCUUGGAGUUAUCUCGGGCGGGGCAGGUCACCCCGCCGGGCCUGCUAUGUCGGCUGGGUCCUCUGUGCCCAUUUCUCCAUGUUCCUGCGAGACUCAUCGUCUAAGGCUUUGGAGUUCCGGACCCGUCACACUUGUCCCCCUCCACCCCGCCACUGUUACUGCGCGACAAAGAAAAGAACUCGGGAUUGGUGGUUAUCUUUGUUAAAAAAAAGAAAAAGAAAACCUUUCUUUGUGGCCGAAAGAACUCGGAAUCAUCCUUAAGCCCUUAAAACUAGUGUCUCCGUAGUGUAAGGAAGACUGCUUGGCAUGCAACUUUUUCUGAUACUAAAUUCACCCUGUCAUUUACUUGACUAAAAAUAGGUAUUGAGGUAAUUAAAAUAUGAUCUUAUGUCUGUUAGCAGUUUAGAUGUGGAAUGUAUUCGAGUAUUUCAUAAGGACAAGACUGCAUUUCUCCGUAUAUUCAUAACCUUCAGAAAUAAUCUUGAAAUGAUGAGUAAUGUAUACUUAGUUCUGAAGGAACGUUAAUUGCCUUUUUAUUAAAAUGAGCUUAAGUGCC